ACAUGUAAACAUGCUUUGAUAUCAUACACGGGUUACGUAAUCCGAUGGAAUUCCAGUUUUAACGGUCCAACAAUAAACACUCAUUUCCUAUCUAGAAGACACGUGACAUUAAAAUGUUUAUAUCUAAGCGUUGUAAAAUCGAGUGUAACGACUAAACAUUUAUUUUGUAAUUGGAUAUUAAACACAUUAGACGCGCCUAAAUGGGACAUGGAGGUGAUAGUAACAGUGAGUGUUAGAUGGUUAGGCGCUUAUUGCUAGCAAUGACACAGCCUCCAAGGUUCGGGACCUAUCAUUCUACAGCUGCGGACGAUGACCAAGGAUCAAGCAUGUCUUCCCGAAAGAAAGAAUCGAGAUUGAAUCGAUUCAAGAAACGCAUGAACAAACAAUUUAGACGCGAUCGCACAAUUAAAUCUAAAACAGGUGCUAGCCCCGAAACUUGUACAGUUAAAGUGCACAAUGUGAACCCUUGUCAUUCGGAGGCAAAAGCGUCCUAUACUACCCUGGAUAAUGGAAUCAUGGAAGCAGGUCAUUAUGUACAGUCGGAAGAUCGUACUCGGGUACAUACAGAAUCACCGGAAGCGAAUGUGUCGUCUGGCAGGAAGAAUGGCGACAGCGGUGCUAAAAGCGAUAAGAGUCCCGGCCUUCUGACGAUAAUUCGAAAUAGCUUCAGACGUCUUAAAAACAAACCAAAGCAGCCAGACAAAACGUUUAAACUUCAAAAGAAUGAAAAGAACCGUCAUGAAAACCCAACACCGCACUCGAAAACGCCGCAAGCAGAAAGUAUACAUCCGUUUAUUGAAGAUUCAACGAAGGAAGCUGAUGAUAUCACAGACCUUUUCGAGAAAAUCAUUGAGUGGGUGCCAACUCGAAAACCGGACCGUUCACAGUUACGUUUAGAUGGACUAGUGAAAUGUAAACCGGCAAACUUUGAUAAACUUUCGCCAACUUGCAGAGAAUGGCCAGGUGUGAGAAGCGAUUUAUCUUCCGACGUUGAAACUGACGGGGAUGGGGGUAAAAACAUCACAGAUGGACCAACAUUCCCGACGGUCGAGUUUAACGAGGUCAUAAAUGACGAAUCGGACGGCGAAAUCGCCGAUCGAAAUGACAGCCAACGUGCUUGGAUUGACAUCGCACAUAGGCUUAGAGCCAUCGGUGAUUCUAUUGUAAACAAACAAUUGCUCAAGUCAGAAUCAAAAGCGACCAGCUUCCGAGCCGAGCGUCGACUUUCAAGUUUGGAAUUGGAUAUCAUCAAAGAACUGCGAAACGUUGCUGACACUCAUCCUAUCUUCAGAUCCGACCGGGCCCAGCCAAAUGUGGAAUUACUAUCGCUCAUUGCCCGGGCCAUACAAAGCUUGCUCAAGGCGCCCACUUACGAUGAGUUCAAACAGGCUGUGAGUCGGGAACUGGCCGAUACUGUUGGAUGGGACCAGGUGGCGUGGUACACUUACCUGGUCCAGACGUCCAUGCUGGUGGUCAAAUGUGGAAUCUCGGCUGGCCAGUCCUUGAGAAGUUAUUCCACCCGAUUCUUCCGCUCAAACAUUCAGCCGUGGAUACGGGAAAGGCCAAAUCGAUGGGAAUCAAUAUACGAAGAGACGUAUAUCGAUACCCAACUUGACUAGAAAGCAUACUUUGUGAAUCCCGACUACAGUCACGGACUGAGAACCACGUUACAAUGUUGACGGAUCUCUCUUUCUAUAACCAAGACGCAAUACGAAUAAAAAUGUGCUUAGUAUAUCAAACGGACAGCCUGUGCUUUAUAACAGGCAUAAUGAGAAAGGGACUAUGAAAUUGUGCGUUUGGACGUGCACGAUCUUCGCGGUAUAAUGUGAGACACGGGAAUCAAUAUGAAACAUGCUAAAACAUUGACAAUGAAAGUGUUUGAUAUGGUGAACACACGCGUUGAAAACUACGUGGAAAAAGUUUUGGCACCGGGAUAAAAUGAAUCAGUGAAAUAACAUGUAACGGUGCGACAGUGUAUAUGUACAAAUGUUUAACAGUAUAGUUUGGUACAAAUUAAUCAUGAUUAAGUGAAAUGGCAUUAGAUGGUGCAAAUGAAUGUAUGUAUAUAUCGCGUGGCAGGGAUUUAUGUGCUGACAACAUUGUAAGACGUUAAAAUGGUGCACAAGGACCACAAUAUAGUAACAUGGCUACUUAUGAUAAUCACAAACAUUACAUUGCCUCCAACGACAACAAUCAUUUUUUUUUAAAUUACAUAUCGGGCAAUGUAGAGGAUUUUCUUCAAAUGUUAAUGCUACGGGUAUACUGCUUAAUACUUUCUAUUUUUAUAUUGUGAGGUAUCAGUAUCACCUGAUUGUGCUAAAGCAUAGAUAUUCUCACUGAUGUGUCACCAAAAAUUGGAAAUACCAUUUCUGACAUUAACCCUUUGCAUGUUGGGAAAUUUGUCGUCUGCUUAAAUGUCGUCUGCUGAAUUUUUAAAUUCGCAUUUUUAUUCGAUUUUUUUCAAAGAAUACUAUCAGAAUAGCAAACAGUUUGGAUCCUGAUGAGACGCCACGUUCUGUGGCGUCUCAUCUGGAUCCAAACUGUUUGCAAAAGCCUUCAAAAUUCGGUUCCAGCACUGAAAGAGUUAAAUAUACAAUUAGGUUAUGCAAACACACAAGUAGUAGUUAAUAAAUCUACAAUCUAAAUGAACUGAAGAUAUGUAUUCGAUUUCGAUCACAUGCUACAAGUAAUUGACAACGUUAUAGCAGAGUAACAAAAACGGGAUCCAAACACACCCUCUGUAAAAUUCUGAUCCAAGGAAAUUUAGGCUAUUAUUGAUUUAAUUGAUAACGAUGAUAUGUUUCGCGUGUUGACUUAACUAAUAUAGAUUUUGAAUGAACAUCAUUUGAUUCAGUGUCAUAGGGCUCGAGACAAGGAAGAUUGUCGUUUUUAAACAUUUACUUCGCUUUCAUGUUUAUAUUUAAGUUACAUGAACGUAAAAUAUUAACCUCACUUUAAAUCUAUAUUUAGCUUUAGCAAAUUCUUGCGUGAAACAUGUGCGCGCUGUAAUGAUAAUCACCACGACAGCAAACAUAGAAACCUGAGGUCAAAGAAUUGUAGAGACAAUCUCAAUUAAGUGCACGUGACUUUCUUGGAUCAAUUCCUUUAUCAAAUGAUGUAUACUUUAACGAAACCUCAUUAAAUGCAAGCAGUCAUAUUAUAUCAGCAUCGUUUAAACACCCAUAGAAACCACAGUGACCGCUUUGUUGCCUUUGUAAUAGAAAAGGCUAAAAUCGCAGAUACACAACAUAUACAACCGUGCUUAGUUAUUCAUUACAAUUUUAAUUAUUUGUUCUUGUUAAUGAUGAAACACAAUGACAAAAUGUCAGUAACAACGUUGUUCAGUUUUUAACAUGGUGUUUACAUUGAUGAUGCAGCCACUAGGCUGGUAGGUGAGUUUUCAAUUAUUGCUUGCAUGCAGAAAUAUAACCUGUAUAUAUCAGGGUCUUCACCUGUGAGCAGUAUUUUUAAAUGCUUACAUCGUGAUGUUAAGACAGACCGUGAUUUGUUCCGGCCAGUAUAUCUGUUAAGAUAGUAUGUAUGAUUCAACUAUGUUUGUUUGUGAUAAAUAAUGAUAUCAAUCAAGUUUAUAUUGUCAACAACUGUAUAAACUAAUUAACAUUAUGCAUGAAAGGGGGCAAAUAAGAAACGUAGUUAUUUAGAAUUUAAAUACUUGUCAAAUAAUACUUUGAUACCAUUAGUGAGUAAUAUUUUAAGGUAGUCAAAAUUGAAUCGUUGAACUUGCUGUUUACCUUUUAAGGACGAUUUUGAGGAAAGUUCGGCUCCCCGUCUAUAAAAUAACAUGUGUUUCACAUCAUCAUUCACGAUUGAAGUCUAUUUUUAAUAUAGACAUUGUAUAAAUAGUUUGUAGUAUACAUUAAUGUUUGGCGCGUAAUUAUAAUGCAUAUAAGUAUUUCCGUUCUUGAAUAAAAAUCGAUUGUGUUAGAUUACGUGCUAUUAUGUUCCAAAAAGCCGAGAUGUAUUUUGAUAAUUGCUAAUAAUAACGUCUCCGCUUGAAUUUGAAGGAAUAAAAGUCUAAAACCUUGAAAAGGAUUCUCGUUCAAUGUAUAGGAUAUUUGAACGUUUAUCUUUAUUAUAUAUGUAUGGUAUUACAUUCUAAUUACUGUUCUUGUAAACUGUUCCAGGUGAUAAGGGUUGCAUAACUUUAAAUGUCGUAAAUUUAUAAAUGGUCUUAGAGGUUAUAAUACAACUGGCGAGAUACAGAAUUAGUACUUGAGCCUAGCUCUGGUAAAACGAGUCCGCACAGGCUAAUAUGGGACGACACUUUUCGCACAUGCAUUUCGUCCAUUUUUCCACAGCGAGUCUUAUUUGAGCUAUUAAACUGCAUUAAUGUAAAAGGGAUCACACAAUUCUUUCAGCUAUUCUUUAUUAUAUGUAAGUUAAAAUGAAAAUGUGUAUUAUGCAAACAAUUAUCGUGUUUUCGAAUUGAUUAUUUCUUGGAACAGUUUUAUAUGUGCUUUUACAUGAUCUCAUUUAUUAUAGAUUGCUCAUUAAAUGUGUAAAUCUAUGAGUUGAAAAAUAAUGCUGUUACAUUUAUGUUAAUGUUACUGUAUUCAUUUCAAUAAAACUAUAAAUAUA